GACUUCCUGUGUUCGGUGUGUCACAAGGUGUUUCCCCUGCAGCGCAUGUUGACGCGCCACCUCAAGUGCCACAGCAUGGUGAAGAGACACCCCUGCCGCUACUGUGGCAAGGGCUUCAACGACACCUUCGACCUCAAGAGGCACAUGCGCACACACACAGGUAUCCGUCCGUACCGUUGUGAGCUGUGUGACAAGGCCUUCACACAGCGCUGCUCCCUUGAAUCCCACCUGAGGAAGAUCCAUGGCGUGCGCCAGCAGUAUGCCUACCGCCAGCGCCGCUCCAAGAUCUUUGUGUGCGAGGACUGUGGCUACACGUCCAACCGUCCCGAAGAGUACUUCCUCCACGUGCGCCAGUGCCACCCGGGCAGCCCCGCCCUGCGGCGCUACUACCGUCGCCAGGCACACGAGGGCACCAACAACGUGCCCGCCGAACACAAACUCAGUCCCUUCUUGAUGUAUCCCACUGGGUACUAUGUGGGUUGA